CGCUGGCAGGCAGAGCAUACCGAUUUAUCCCAAAGACUGAGCAGUAGAAAGAAAGGCAGCUGAAAGUGAGCUAACCAUUGUCUUUGUCCAUGGCUUCUCUACUCAACACCCUGCCUUCUCUAAGCAAUAACCCAGUUCGAACUCCACAGCUUGCAUCCCCAAUCUUUGUAUUGCCUUCAAGGAGAAGGCUUGUAGUGAGAGCAACAGAGACCGACAAUGAAGCAGUUAAAGCCACUGCACCAGAUAGAGCACCGGCAUCUGGUGGUUCAAGCUUUAACCAGAUUCUUGGAAUCAAAGGAGCCAAGCAAGAAACGGAUAAAUGGAAGAUUCGUAUUCAACUAACAAAACCUGUAACCUGGCCUCCGCUUGUAUGGGGUGUGGUCUGUGGAGCUGCAGCCUCAGGGAAUUUCCACUGGACUACUGAGGACGUGGCCAAAUCAGUUGUUUGUAUGCUAAUGUCUGGCCCUUUUCUAACGGGCUACACUCAGACAAUUAAUGAUUGGUAUGAUAGAGAGAUUGAUGCUAUUAAUGAGCCGUAUCGUCCAAUCCCAGCUGGUGCCAUAUCUGAGAGUGAGGUGAUCACACAAAUAUGGGUGCUGCUUUUAGGAGGCCUUGUUUUGUCUGGUUUAUUAGAUGUGUGGGCAGGGCAUAAUUAUCCUAUUAUAUUUUACCUAGCUCUCGGGGGCUCCUUGAUAUCAUAUAUAUACUCAGCUCCACCACUAAAGCUCAAACAAAAUGGAUGGAUUGGCAAUUAUGCUCUAGGAGCAAGUUACAUCAGUUUGCCUUGGUGGGCUGGUCAAGCUUUGUUUGGGACCCUUAAUCCUGACAUAAUUGUUCUGACGCUCUUGUAUAGCCUUGCCGGGCUGGGUAUUGCGAUUGUAAAUGACUUCAAGAGUGUAGAAGGAGAUACAGCCCUGGGACUUCAGUCGAUUCCGGUAGCUUUUGGCUCUGAAACUGCUAAAUGGAUCUCCGUUGGUGCCAUUGAUGUAACUCAGAUUUCAGUUGCAGGCUAUCUUCUUGGUGCUGGCAAACCAUAUUAUGCCUUAGCACUUCUUGGCCUAAUCGUUCCACAAGUCUUUUUCCAGUUCAAAUACUUCCUCAGAGACCCAGUUAAAUAUGAUGUCAAGUAUCAGGCUUGUGCACAACCAUUUCUUGUUCUUGGUCUUUUGGUAACUGCAUUAGCAACUAGUCAUUGAUCUUCGUCGUGUCGCCUGGCAUAGAAAGAUACAAGGACAAGAACAGCAUACUCGAAAUCAUAGAGUAGUACUUAGGUCAGUAGCCAUGGAAAAUAAGAUUAUUGAUCCAAUUUGUCUUCCCACUCUAUCAUAAUAAGUAACAAAUUAAAAGCAUGUUUUCUUUAUAAA